AUGCUUUCUUCAAAGGAAAUUCGCCAAGUCAAAGACAAAAAGGUCAAGAGUAUCCUCAAAAGGUCACAGCAGCAGCUAUCGGAGGCCACUUUUCUCAAGAAAAAGCUUCAAGAAUAUCUUCAGCCACCGCGUGCUGGAUUUAUCCAAGUAGAAGGACCCUUUGAGGAUAGUAUUAAAGUUACGCAACACGAGAUUAAGCAAGAAGUUCCCAUCUCAGCAUCUUAUAAGGCAUUUAAUUUAGCCCUAAAUGAUGGCCCCUAUUCUACCAGUUAUACUAGAAAUGGCCGUUAUUUGGCCAUAGGAGGGUCGACCGGACACAUUGCAGCUUUUGAUUGGAAGCAGGGAAAACUGGUAUGUGAGAUCAAUGUUGAAGAGCCGAUUUACGAUAUAAAAUGGCUUCAUAAUGAGAAUUUGCUUGCUGCUGCACAAAAGAAGCAGGUUUUUCUUUACAAUUCGAGUGGAGUUGAAGUUCAUUCUCUGAAGGAACACACCGAUGCUACGUGUCUUGAUUUUUUGCCUUAUCAUUUACUUCUUGUUUCCGGAAGCCGGUCAGGAAUUAUCAGAUAUCAAGACAUUUCGACCGGGAAAAUAGCUGCAGAAUGGCCUACCAAAUUAGGACCCAUUCAAGCGCUAACACAAAAUCCAAGUAGCGCAAUUAUGCACCUUGGACAUGCUUCUGGAACGGUAACCUUUUGGUGUCCAUCUACAAAUGGACCGCUUGUCAAGAUGCUUUGCGGGAAAGGUCCGAUCUCAUCGAUUGCCAUCAACCAAGGAGGAACCGUGAUGGCUACAUCAUCUGCAGAUACCACGGUUAAGCUAUGGGAUUUGAGAACAUACAAGCUGCUUGAGGAAUAUAAAACUCCGCUCUCCCCAACAAGUCUUGGAAUCUCACAGACAGGGCUGCUUACGGCAACGUUUGGAUCCUCGGUCCUGAUAUGGAAGGAUAGCUGGAAAGAAAAGCAAUCCAAGCCAUAUAUGAAGCAUGUCGUUAAAGGAUCUCCUGUCCAUAAGGCAACAUUUUGCCCAUUCGACGAUGUCCUUUGUGUGUCCCAUUCAAGUGGCAUUGAUAGUAUAUUGGUCCCGGGAGCCGGAGAGGCCUACUUUGAUAGCAUGGAGAUAAAUCCGUUCGAAAAUAAACGGCAACGUCAAGAGGGAGAAAUCAAGCAACUUUUAGAGAAACUCCAGCCUGAUAUGAUCUCUCUCAACACGGAGUCCAUUGGCCAACUUAGAAAAGAUCGCACCAUUAGCAUUAACCCGGCCGAUCGGGAUCUUACGGAAGAACAGCUUGCCACUAAGAGGGAGUUUAGAAAAAAGAGGGGAGUAAACAAGUAUCUCAACAAACAGAAAAAUGUCCUUGAUGCCAAAAAGCAGCUUAUAAAGGAGAAGAUUGAACAGCAAGAGGCCUUGAAUGCACAGGCAUCUUCAUCGAUCCACGGAAUGCCCAUUCUUGACCGGUUUAAAAGAUCUCGAUGA